AUGGUGCCAAGCAGGUCCAUGGGAGAGGACAGAAACGUCACAUCUGUAACAAUGUUUCAUCUCCUGGGAAUCUCAGAUGAAAAGGAGCUGCAGCUUAGUCUCUUCCCAGUCUUCCUGGUGAUCUACCUUGUGACAUUGUUCUGGAACCUGGGUCUCAUCACCCUAAUCAGAAUGGACUCCCACCUGCACACACCAAUGUACUUUUUCCUCAGUGUCCUGUCAUUGAUAGACAUCUGCUACACUACUUCCAUCAGCCCCAGGAUGCUUUCAGACUUCUUCAAAGUUAAAAAAGUCAUUUCCUUCAUUGCUUGUGCAAGUCAGUGUUUUGUGGCUUCUUGGAUGGGUCAGGCUGAGUGCUGCCUGCUGGCUGCUAUGGCCUAUGACAGGUAUGUUGCCAUUGGCCACCCUCUGCAGUACUCGAUCAUCAUGGCGCCUGGAAUCUGUUGGAAGAUGGCUGCUGGGGCCCUUGGGUGUGGUCUUCUUUGUAGCUUAGUUGAAGUAGUCACUGGCUUUGAGUUAUACUACUGUGGGCCAAAUGUCAUCCAAAAUUUCUUCUGUAACAUAACUGAAAUUAUUAGCCUGUCUUGUUCUGAUCCCAUCAUUAGUCAAAUGAGUCUUUUCUUGAUAGUUUGUCUUGUUGUCGUAGGUUCUCUGGUUAUUAUUCUGUUGUCCUAUGGUUUCAUUGCAGCUUCCAUCCUAAAAAUAUCCUCCAUCAAAGGUAGCGCUAAGGCCUUCAACACCUGUGCCUCCCACCUGGCAGUAGUGACACUCUUGUACGGCACAGCCCUCUCUGUGUAUAUGCAUCCUAGUUCCAGUCACUCCACAAAAAAGAACAAGUUUCUGUCUGUGUUCUAUGUUCUCAUUAUCCCCAUGUUAAACCCUUUUAUCUAUAGUCUGAGGAACAAGGAUAUCAAAGAAGCCCUGAAGAGGGUGAUAAAGAGAACAACACAGUAA